AAAUCCGGGAUUCUCUCAUUUAUCAGCCAGUUUCUCAGUUGGCCCAUUUUCAUGUCACUGAACGCAAGCGUAAUGAUUUGAGAAGACUUUUUAAAAAGUCAUGCUGUCAAGUUGGGUUUUAACACCAGAGGAGCUAAAAAUUGACACCCACUAGACAGAUCUCUUACAAACGAGUAAUAUAAGUUUACUCUAUUUCUGGUUGGAAUCGUCGGUAUGGCCCAAAAGAAAGAUUAAGGCAUUGUUAUCAUGUUUUUGGCAUUGUCACAGAAAUUAGCGCAUGAGAUUUUGAUCUUUCCGCGAUAACCUGUGGUAAGUUACCAUUUUUAGUUGAACGACAAAAUCGUCUCUUCAGAAGGAAAGUACGUCACAAAUAACAGGGUAGGAUUGAGUCGUGAAAACCGAUGAAAUGGCAAAUAUUUCCUCAAAGACAUCGCGUGGUCAUGUACCGACGGAACCUUGAAAAAAGUAACAUGCCUUAGCAAACCUACAAAAUCCAAAACUCAACAUUUGAUUAAACUGGCAAAACGUAUUGUUAUUUAUUAGUACACAGAAACAAGAAACAUUGUAAAUUUUAAGGGAAUUUCCGCAUGAAAGUGUCGUUUGGUAGAGGGGAAUUUUUUUUCACUUUCAUCGAUGACACGAAAGUGAAUUUCUAUGAGACUGAAUUUUCGGGUAAGCUGAAUAUUAUGGUCUUCAAGUUUUAAAAGCGCCUGAAUUCACAGUGGCACAUUUUCUUUUCUUUUUUCUUUUUUUUCUUUUUUUUUUCUGAUCAAUCAUUCCAAUUUUAUUGACAUCUUUUAUAGAUGUCUGCAAGCUAGUUAAAUCACACAGGGCUAAAAACAGAUGUAGUUUCCUCAUAUCACAUUCAGAGAUCAGAUGUUCUGGAUGUGAACAUCAUUUGUAGAACAUCUCAUCAUUUUCCAGUCAGACGACAGUCAUACGGGGACCUGCUAAUCAAGUGGGCGGAAGUGACGACAAAGAGGAGGUGGAGUUAUCGGCAAUUGGACAAUUUUGAUUGGUCGAUUGAUCAAGCAAAUGCGCGGCAAGGCGCAAAGAAGUUUAAGUAUUUUCAUACAGCGAUCUGGUGUGACAGGCUGAGCAAAUAGUUUUAGAUUGGCGGCCGGCUGGAUUUCAGAAAGGUGACUUUAAUUUAGGAACUCUUCGACUUGACUUACAGAUCUGUGAUAAGGGGACAGCUCAGGGAACGCUCCUUAUGGCGUUCACACCGCGUACGGAACCGAUCGAAAAUUACUUCGAUAUUUUCGAUGAAAUUGGAAGAGGGCAAUAUGCAGUCGUGAAACGGUGCAGGGAAAAGACAACUCAAAAGGAAUACGCCGCUAAGUUUGUUCGUAAGCGAAGGAAAGGCAAGGAUUGUCGCGCUGAAGUUUGGCAUGAAGUUGAAAUCUUGAGCGCAACGAAUUACCCUAACCAACAUCCACAAAUUAUCACUUUGUACGACGUCUUCGAGACGCGAAGUGAAAUUAUACUCAUCUUAGAACUUGCUCUUGGGGGAGACCUGCAUCGGCACUGCAUUGCUUACGAUAGCGACGAACCUGCCUCGAGUAGAAGCGAAAGAGAAGUUGUUUUCCUCCUCAGGCAGAUUCUGGAAGGUGUCAGACAUAUGCAUGAACAAGACUAUGUUCAUCUAGACAUCAAGCCAAACAAUAUUCUGUUGAUGACAGAACAUGCUUACCCGGAGAUCAAGAUCAUUGAUUUUGGAUUGGCAAGACAGAUUAAGGAUGGUGAACAGAUCUGUUUGAUAGUUGGAACACCAGAAUAUGUUGCUCCUGAAAUACUUGAAUUUGAGCCUGUUGGGAAACCAAGUGACAUUUGGAGUAUUGGAGUUGUUGCCUAUGUUAUGUUGACUGGUUUGUCACCAUUUGCUGGAGAUGACAAGCAAGAAACAUGUUACAAUGUGUCCCUUGCUGCCGUAGAAUUUCCAGAGGAAUAUUUUAAGAACAUUUCACACACAGCUCAAGAUUUCAUUAAGAGGCUUCUUCAAAGAGAUGCAGAUGAAAGGCUCUCAGUUCAAGAAUGUUUAAAUCACCCCUGGCUAAAUACAGAGGAACUCUUUCAACGAAGUCCCAUACGGAAGAGUAGACGGUCUUAUGGUUCAGACCAAAAUAAAAAAAGAAAAAAGCUUAAAAAAAUGCAGCAGCAAAAUGGAGUAACUGAUGGUAAAUCAUCGGCUGUUGUAAAUGGUAAUGAUUCAAGAUGAGACAACAUCACCAGCACUGCAUUAAUGUUCUGCAUUUUUGCAGGGUUAGUGAUCUGCAUGCUGCUUCAACAAAUCAAUUCUGCUCUCUUGUAAAUGCAAAAGAAGACCCUAUAAUUAUAGUUUGAGGAACUAUUGAUAAUAAGUAUUUUAUUAGAAAUUAUGCAAAUUAUAGGCAUGUUUCAAUGUACGAGUUUGCCAGAAAUGUUCUAUUUGAAAAGACAUUCCAAGAUGAAUAAAGGCUGAUAGUUUCUAAAGAAACUGUUUGAGGCUGCUUCGGUGGGGGUAACGAAAUAAUUUGGAUAU